GUCUUAUCGGCGCGACUGAAACGUAAAGCGUACAACAGCGGCCUGUGUUAGCACUUGAGCGCUGUAAUUUUUCUCUUUGGUGGGGGAUUUGUCUCUACAAUCCGUCACCAUCAUGAAACUAGUCAGGUUUUUGAUGAAACUCAGCCAUGAGACGGUCACCAUUGAACUGAAGAAUGGCACCCAGGUCCACGGCACCAUCACAGGUGUUGAUGUGAGCAUGAACACCCACCUGAAGGCGGUGAAAAUGACCCUGAAAAACAGGGAGCCCACUCAGCUGGAAUCUCUGAGUAUCCGUGGCAACAAUAUUCGCUACUUUAUCCUUCCCGACAGCCUCCCAUUGGACACCUUGCUCGUUGACAUUGAGCCAAAGAUCAAGUCCAAGAAGAGGGAAGCAGUGGCUGGACGAGGACGAGGCAGAGGACGAGGACGUGGUAGAGGAAGGGGACGAGGCCGCGGCGGUCCGAGGAGAUGAUCACCAGGCCGCACGUUUGCUGGCCACCACCCCACUGUUUGUACAGGAUUUUUUUUUCUUUUGUCAGAGGAAACAUUUUGUGAAUUUCCAUGUGUUUUUGUCCAAGUUUUUUCCCCCUUAUUUUGUACAUUAAAAUCCUUAUGAAAAGGA